AUGUGCUGUGAUGAACUGAGCACAAUAAGAUCAAAGAAAAAAGGUCUGGAUCUGCUAUCAUCACCCUGCAUCCAGCGUCUACCUCUGUCUAGUGACAUCAUCAUUCAGGGACACAGAGUGAUGCUUGGAGAGUUAAAGUUAACCACGUACACAGUUUUUGGAGCUCAUGACAGUUUAGAAGCUGACAGUGAUGAUGUCACUGCUUCAUUCCUCAAUCACAAAUGGAGUCCAGCCGUGGAUGUACACAUCAUAAAGUGUAUACAAAAUGUGUGUGUAUGUUUCAGGCCUCUGGAUCUGUGGGGACCUGAGAAGACAAAGUCCUGCUGUCUGCUGGACGCCCAAUUGUUCCCAGUGUUUAUGCCUCAUUCAGGACCCGUCGGACUGGAGGGUCUCAGUUGGCUGUUGGGAGGUCCUGGGCAGCUAAAAACCUGGAGAGAAGCAUGGAGACUCUCGCUCAGAGAUAUCCUGAUCCUCACUGACCAGCAGGUGGAGUUAAGCUGGAGAGAAGAGCUGUUCUUCAGUGUGGGCCGAAUGAGAGCUGUGGACACUUUACAGGGUCACACUGAUCUCAGUUUACUGCCGUUCUUCAGAGCAGCAGCUCUGGCCGGACAACACGAGGAGCUACUGCACACACUGGACUCAGUGGCUGCAGGCAGCAGUGGUGAUCUGGGCAUAGCUGCACGUUGUCUUGCCUGCAUCGCAGACGUUCUCGGGUGUCUGGCAGGAGAGGGUGAAGGGGGUUUGCGCAGCGGCCCGGCUGCGAACCCUUUAUGGUCAACUGCCUUUAAGCUCCUAGAAGAUGCAAACUUACCUGCAGGUGUUCAGGAAUUGGCUGAGCAAAGAAAGCGUUGGCUCAGCAGGGCAGAUUUUUUGGUACGAGCUGCGAGGCAUUAUGAGGGGGCGGGGCAGAUACUUCUGCGGAAGGCGGUGAUGUCAGCACGCAAGUUUGUGUUCAUUGGCCAAGGUGUGAUGCCACCCAUGGGUGAAUGGCAGGAAGUGGAGUGUCCAGCUCGACUGGAUCUGUCAGGUGGUUGGAGUGACACUGCUCCUAUUGCGUUUGAACAUGGUGGAGUGGUGGUUAAUGUGGCCGUAAAGGUGGAUGGAAAAUGGCCAAUUGGUGCCAAAGUUAGACGAAUUCCUGAACCUCAUCUGCUGUUGGUCAGCACCAGCGGAGAACCCGACUGCAGUAUUUCAACAGAAACAAUCUGUGAGGAUCUUACAGACCUGGAGGAUUAUUGCCAACCAUAUGCACCAGGUGCUCUGCUGAAAGCAGUUUGUGUAUGCAGUGAUCUGGUGUGUUUAUCGUUUCCUCUUUCACUGAAAGAUCAACUGUUGAAGCGCUGGGGUGGAGGACUGGAGCUGCGCAGCUGGUCUACACUACCACAUGGUUCUGGUCUCGGCACCAGCAGUAUCCUGGCAGGCGCAGCUCUUGCUGCAGUGUACAGAAGUACAGGACGGAGCUAUGACACAAUGUCUCUCAUUCAUGAUGUUCUUUACCUGGAGCAGAUACUCACCACUGGUGGUGGAUGGCAGGAUCAGGUUGGUGGUUUGUUUGGAGGAGUGAAGGUCGCUCGAUCAGCAGCUCAGUUACCUCUGAGAGUUGAAGUUGAACAGCUGUCUCUCUCUCAAGACUUCAUGUCUGUCCUACAGCAACAUCUCCUGCUGGUUUACACUGGAAAGACGCGUUUAGCACGAAACCUGCUGCAGCUGGUACGCAUGAUUAUCCUCCAUCGUCCAGAACACAGAGCAGCUGGUGAUCAAUGCAGAAGAGUGUGGUGA